AUCACCGAGAGAGAAGUUCGAAACAGAGCAGUUUCCCCAAACUUCAAUGGAGCAAAACCCUAAAACAGAGAGGAAAUGGCGGUACACGUGGGAAGCUCAGUCUCACUCUCCGAACCUCCGUCUCUUUCUUUUCGACUCCGAAACCAACCCUAAGAGCCACUGCAAGAGCCUCAAUGUCUCUGUUCUCCCCGAAAAAUCUCAACUUCUCGUCACAUGGAUCGGUUGUUCCGAAGCAGAGGAUGGUGUUUCUCUCCGUGUUCCUGUUCCUAGAGUGUUGCUAGACGCUGAGUCUCCCGUAAAGUUUAAAGCUUUGGACGAUCACAUCGAGGUUAGACUUGUUCUGUUACUCCCCGUUGAUCAUCCUCUGGUCUCCGGUUUGGUGACUGAAGAUAGAGAAAAGUCUGCUCCUUUAGUGAUGGACUGUGAUGUGAAGACUCUAACUUUGAUGGGAGGAGUUCAUCUACACUGUAAGAAAUGUUCGGUUAGGUUAACAAAGAGAGUUCUUUUUGAGUUCUCGGAGAUGCCGUCUGUUAACUGGAGGGAAUCAGCUGAUAACUGGUUUGGUACUUGCUGUUGUUCGUUUGGAGGGAUUAGCGAGAAGAUGGUAGUUAAGUACACUAACUCAUAUGCAUGCUCUAGUGGGUUGUGUCUGCUUAGUGCCGCAACUGUUUUGCUCAGCGAGGAUGAUCUCGUAGAGUGUGUCUUGUCUGAUAAAAUUGGAACGGGUCCGGGUUGUGAUCUUGGUGGAGUUGAAUUGGGUUCUAGAAGAAGUGAAGUGGAUACUGAGAGCCUACAUGAGAAUGGAGGUGAGGUUGAUGACUCGAGAGACAAGGCAUCAUCAGUUCCUGAAUGUUGUCUACAUGACUCGUCUGACUCUGGUCAGAGUUUUCAGUCGGACCAGAAACUUACACUUGAUAAGAAGCUUCUUCUUGAUGGGUUUCUUGAGGAUGUUUUUAUGGCAAAGGCAUCGAAUGUAUCCAAGAACGUCGAGUGGAUUGAAAUGGCUUGUCCAGAGUGUUCGUCUCCUAUUGGAGCCUAUCCUUCUGGCUGCGGGAGCAACGAUAAACCCAUAGACGGUGGAGUUAGACUCUUCAAGUGCUACGUUUCCACAUCCUCUGCCACCGGUGAAUCCUCUGAUGUUUUCAGGAAAUACACAUUGGAGAGAAUGUUUACAAAUCAGCUAGUGGAAUGCGCCAAAGAAGAGUUAUCCUUUCAUGUGUUGGUCAAAGACUUGACAACCAAAUCGCCUCUGUUCCAGAUUAUCGUCCUGAAUCCAAACUCUUGGUCCUUGACUGGUCUGUUGUGCUCGAGCAAAGAUGAAGGAGGUUCCACGCUAGAGCUAAGCCCUAUAGUGAAGGUUCUGUUUUCCUCAGAUUGCAAGAGCUCACUGGUGAAGAAGGUUGAUGAAGAAGUUUACAUUUUGAAGGGACAAGGAGAGGAGUUGAUAGAGCUGCUAACGAAUGCAAGCAAAUUUCUUCCAUCUUCAUGUGCAUAUCUUCAGGGCUCCCUUGUCUCAUCUAUGCAUCUAUGAUAAUGAAUCUUUCUUCACUUAUCUUAUUCUUUCUUUUAUAAUGGUUUACUGAUGAACAUUGAUAUAAGUUCUUAUAAAAGAAUUGUCUUAUUUACUAUGUUU